AUGCACGCAGCAUGUUCGCGCAAUUGCCUGAGCGAGCUACUUCGCUGCCGGAGCCAGAGGCACUGGCUAUACCAAUGCCCGUACCAGCUCUCGCCGGCUCGAGGCAUGACACGUGGCCGGAGCGUGAAGGACCGGAGCAAGAAGAAGCGCGUGCACGCGCUCGAGGUGGCCACCGAGCGCUGGAAGGUGCUCUCUAAGGUGCUCGCCGUUGUCGACGCGCUCAAGAAGGAGGAGGAGCACGUCACCCCGCUCAAGCGCCUCGAGAUCCUGCGGCCGCAGCUCGGCCUCGUCAAGCCGCACAAGGUGGCCCACUUCGUGCGCCGCUCGCCGCACCUGUUCGAGGUCUGCCGCGACAGCCGCGGCGUCAUGUGGGCAGGCCUCUCGCCGCAGGCGGAGGCGCUCGUCGAGGAGGAAGCGCGCCUGCUGGAGGAGCACUCCCCUGUGGCCGCGCAGUACGUCACCAGGAUGCUCAUGAUGUCUGUGGACCGGCGGCUGCCAGUCGACAAGAUCGCCCACUUCCGGCGCGACAUGGGACUUCCUCAUGACUUUCGGACACGGUGGGUGCACAUGUUUCCGGAGCAUUUCAGGCUGGUCAGAUUGGAGGAUGGUGAGUAUUUGGAGCUCAUCUCUUGGAACCCAAGCUGGGCAGUCACUGAGCUUGAGAAGAAGAAGGCUGUGUCGACUGGCGAUGCCAAUGCCAGUCCACCAGGAGAGCUCUUGCUUCCGUUCCCAAUGAAAUUCCCACCAGAUUUUACUAGUUACUACAGAUUUCGAGGAAAAGCUCAUCAUUAUGUGAAAACGGGCAAUACCAAGCAGUUUCAGAAGGUCACCUACCUGUCCCCUUAUGCAGAGGCAAAGGGAUUGACUCCUGGAUCACCAGAGUUUGAUAAGAGGGCUGUUGCAGUGAUGCAUGAGAUACUGAGCUUCAUGUUGGAAAAGAGGCUGGUGACCGAUCACCUUACGCAUUUCCGUCGUGAGUUUGUAAUGCCACAGAAGCUUAUGAGGUUAUUCCUGAAGCAUUAUGGCAUCUUUUAUGUUUCUGAGAGGGGAAAGCGGUUGAGUGUGUUCUUAACUGAGGCAUAUGAUGGGACAGAACUGAUAGAGAAGUGUCCAUUGGUGCGGUGGAGGGAAAAGCUCCUUCAACUUACUGGUUACAGAGGGAGAUUGAAGAAUCUUGGUAAUUUCGACAUGUCUUCUGAUUCAGAUGAUUACUUAUUAGGCCGUGAUGAUGAUGUAUUGGAUGUUGAAAGUGAAAAUUCAGAUGACAUCUUAGAUGGCUGUUCUAUGUCAGAUGAUUCUGAGAUGGAUUUAGGAGAUGCAGAUGAAUUUUGCAGAGACUGA